GUACUCACUACUCUCCGAGAAGGGAGGGAGCAGUCACAUGCAUUGAGUGAAGUAGUUGAACAGCCACCCUAGUGAGUAUUGUAGUAGGGAAGUACUCGUUAGCGCACAUUGUCGUCAGCGGUCGGCGCACCAACUCCGCGAGCAUCCACUAGUCUCUGUUGCGUACGGGAUCCGGAAGACCGAGGAGGAGAGUUCAUUCCGCUACAGUCAUCCAUGGCUCUGUGCAACGGAGAAACCAAGCUGGACAUCAGCAGCGUUGAGCCUCAGAAUGGUUCAUGUGAGGGGGCGGUGGUCAUCCUGGAUGCCGGGGCGCAGUACGGCAAGGUGAUUGACAGGCGGAUCAGAGAGCUGUUUGUCCGCUCAGAGAUCCUCCCACUAGAGACGCCAGCCUUCGCCAUCAGAGAACAAGGCUUCAGAGCCAUCAUCAUCUCUGGCGGUCCUAACUCUGUGUAUGCUGAGGAUGCCCCCUGGUUUGACCCUGCCAUAUUCACCAUUGGAAAGCCUGUCCUGGGUAUCUGCUAUGGAAUGCAGAUGAUGAAUAAGGUUUUUGGAGGGACAGUACACAGGAAGAGUGUGAGAGAGGAUGGAGUGUUCAACAUCGGACUGGACAACACCUGCUCUCUCUUCAGGGGCCUGCAGAAAGAGGAGCCGGUGCUGUUGACUCAUGGGGACAGUGUGGACAAGGUGGCCGAUGGCUUCAAGGUGGUGGCCCAGUCAGGGAGCAUCAUUGCAGGUAUUGCCAACGAGCAGAAGAAACUGUACGGGACCCAGUUUCACCCGGAAGUGGACCUGACAGAGCGGGGCACAGAGAUAUUACGUAACUUCCUUUUUGAAAUCGCCGGCUGCACUUCCAACUUCACCGUCCAGAACCGCCAGCAGUCCUGCAUCACAGAGAUCCAGGAGAAAGUUGGCAAGUCCAAAGUACUGGUUCUGCUGAGUGGAGGGGUGGACUCCACCGUGUGCACGGCCCUGCUGAACAAAGCUCUGAACAAGGAGCAGGUGAUCGCGGUGCACAUCGACAAUGGCUUCAUGAGGAAACGAGAGAGUCAGAGCGUUGAGGAGGCCCUCACCAAACUGGGCAUCAACCUCAAAGUGGUGAACGCAGCGCACACUUUCUAUAACGGUACGACAACCCUGCCCAUCUCAGACGAAGACCGGACGCCACGGAAACGCAUCAGCAAGACCCUCAACAUGACCACCAACCCUGAGGAGAAGAGGAAGAUCAUCGGAGACACCUUUGUCAAGGUGGCCAAUGAGGUGAUAGGGGAGAUGAACCUGAAGCCGGAGGAGGUGUUCCUAGCCCAGGGCACCCUGAGGCCAGACCUCAUAGAGAGUGCUUCUCACCUCGCCAGCGGCAAGGCAGAGGUCAUCAAAACACACCACAACGACACAGAGCUCAUCCGCAAGCUCAGAGACGAGGGAAAAGUCAUUGAGCCGCUGAAAGACUUCCAUAAGGAUGAGGUUCGGGCGCUGGGCAGAGAACUGGGACUGCCAGAGGACAUCGUCUGUCGACAUCCUUUCCCUGGUCCUGGCCUGGCCAUCAGAGUGAUCUGUGCAGACGAGCCUUACAUCUGUAAGGACUUUGCUGAGACAAACAACAUCCUCAAGAUCAUCACAGACUUCUCCGCCAUGGUCAAAAAGCCCCACACGUUGCUGCAGAGAGUGAAGUCGUGUAUAUCAGACGAGGAGGAGGAGAAACUCCUGCAGCUCACCAGUCUUCAUUCACUCAAUGCCUUCCUGCUGCCAAUCAAGACCGUGGGAGUCCAGGGUGACUGUCGGUCCUAUAGCUAUGUGUGUGGGGUCACCAGUAAAGAGGCUCCACACUGGGAAUCCCUCAUGUUCCUGGCCAGACUCAUCCCUCGCAUGUGCCACACCAUCAACAGAGUUGUGUAUGUAUUUGGGUCCCACGUGAAGGAGCCCCCUACAGACGUCACCCCCACCUUCCUGACCACGGGCGUUCUCAGCACACUCAGACAGGCGGACUUCGUGGCCCACUCCAUCCUCAGAGAGUCUGGUUACUCUGGGAAGAUCAGUCAGAUGCCGGUCAUCCUGACCCCGCUGCACUUCGACCGCGAUUCCUCACAGAGGCAGCCGUCCUGUCGGCGCUCUGUGGUCGUCAGAACUUUCAUCACCAGCGACUUCAUGACCGGGAUACCCGCCACGCCCGGAAAACACAUCCCCGAGGAGGUGGUGCUGAAGAUGGUGAAUGAGAUCAAGAAGAUCCCUGGCAUCUCCCGGGUGAUGUUCGACCUGACCUCCAAACCUCCCGGUACCACAGAGUGGGAGUAGAGCUCAUGGAGAGAGAGAAGGGAGGUGUGGUGAGCUCCUCCUCCUCCUUUCUUUCCCUCUCCUAACAUACCCCCUCCCAAUCUCACCCCUCCUCUCCUUUCUUUCCCUCUCCUAACACCUACACGCUCCCCCCAACCUCACCCCCUCCUUUCCGAUCACCCCCCCGUAGAACAUUCCCGUGGAAAGCAGGCAGUACUGUGAUCAGCGCACACUUGAAGCUGCCACUCUGCCCCCCCCCUCCCCUCCCCCUUCAUUUUUUUGGGGGAGAGGUGGUUGAAUAGAUAUGAUGACUAUUCACCCUUCUUUUUGGAUCCGUUUCUUCGUGCGUGACAAUGCAUUUGUCCUUUUUUUUUUGGGGUGUAAGUGCCGCUUCCUGUUUGGAAACCGCCAGUUGAGGUCAAGAGUUAAGGAGUUCAGGAAGUGGAUUGUGUACACGAUAUGCCUCAGAUUACAGCGUGAGACCAACAACUGAAGAAAGCAACAUACUUGUAUGACAUAACGGAGAAGGAAGAGCAGCAACUAGCCAGUGGUUUAAAAAGUCAUCCAUCGUUUUUUUUUUGUGCUUUUUUUGUUACACUCCUGAUAGUUUAUUUUUUGUCCCAAAAGGAUUUUUACUCAUCCAUUUACCUUUCAACUGUAUACUCUACAAAGAGACAGGGGUUGCCUGCCCAAAGUCAUUCAGCAGAGAAACUGUGACCAAUUAGUAUUAUUUUUUUUAUUUUUUUUAUUUUUAAACUUUUCAUUUUGCCAAAUGUAGACGAGCCGUGGUGAAAUUAGAUCUGGGUUAUUAUCUCUUGUUAACGAUCCACUUGAAUCAAAAUGGUGAUGGUUAAGCUACCCGACCGCGGUCAACAGAAAAUCUUAGUUUAUUAUCACAGAUGUGUGACACUGUGUGGGAAAUCCCCAAAAUGACGAGUUGUCCUUUUUUUUGUGUGUGCCUGUUUCUUUGGGUGCCUGUUUCUUUGGGUGCCUGUUUCUUUGGGUGCCUGUUUCUUUGGGUGCCUGUUUCUUUGGGUGCCUGUUUCUUUGGGUGCCUGUUUCUUUGGGUGCCUGUUUCUUUGGGUGCCUGUUUCUUUGGGUGCCUGUUUCUUUGGGUGCCUGUUUCUUUGGGUGCCUGUUUCUUUGUUCCUCCUUUGUUUUAGUUUUUUUCGUUUUUCUUCAUGUUUUUCAGAGAAACAAGAGGACUGACAAUGAAUUCAGAUGUUAGCAUUUGUCUAAUUGAUGUGUGAAUGUCAUCUUUGUUGUUAUCACCUCCUACAGGUGUGUAGGAGCCACGUUUGCACAUUUCUCUUUUUACCCAUAAAGCCAUGGUGCUUUCCUGACGCGAAGGGAAUGUACUUCCAGUUGACGGAUUUUAAAACCCCAAUCACGGAGCAUCCCCCCCCCCCCCCUCCCCUUUUUUUUAUAGUGUCAAAGGUCAAAUUGAAGACCGGCAGUGGCCGUCUUAAACGUUUCAACUACCAGAGGAAUCCCCAAAUAGGCAUUCCCAGUAACCUGGUUCUGCGAAUGCUUUCAACAUUCAUUUAAUGAGAUAUAGUCCUCAGCUAGUCCAAGGACUCAGCGUUUUACUGGGCCUGAAACGAGUCGUCUUAAGGACCCCUGUCUGCCCCAUGUCCAGCCUGUAGGUCACGUUUUUACUGUGCGAUUAAUACUGGUUUACCUCUGUGUUUGACUUUGUACCCCUCACCUUUUAGAUAUUAUUUAGUUAUAACAGCAAAAUACACAAUGCAAAAAUGAAUCUGUUCCUGAAACUGUCUUAUUUGCAACUUGUUCUUAAUGUCUCUCCUUCUGUGUUGUCUUUUACUUGUGGCAUUUUAUGAUACACAUGUUUACUUGGAAAAACAAACAAAAAAAAAACGCUUUAAAAAUGUAUGGGUUUAAUUUUAUAGUUGGAUUUUACUGCAAUAUUGAAAUGAUUAAGUUAUGCAAUUCUGUCAGAUAAUUUUGUUUUUAAAAUGAUGGAUGCUCAUCUUUCCUCAGUAACGUGCCUCACGACAAGCCGCCGCAUGCAGUUUCACGAUGACAUUUGUACAAUGAAAAACCAAGCUUUAAUAAAUAAGUCCAUGUUGAAUCUGUAUUCUCACACUCUUGGCCAACUAUUGAA